GCUGCAGAAGAUGUCAACGUUACUUUUGAAGAUCAGCAGAAAAUUAACAAGUUCGCAAGAAAUACUAGCAGGAUCACAGAGCUGAAAGAAGAAAUAGAAGUGAAAAAGAAACAACUUCAGAAUUUGGAAGAUGCUUGUGAUGACAUUAUGAUGCUUGAUGAUGGUGACUCACUCCUGAUACCCUAUCAAAUUGGAGAUGUCUUCAUUAGUCAUUCCCAAGAAGAGACACAAGAGAUGCUGGAGGAGGCAAAGAAAAAUUUACAAGAAGAAAUUGAAGCAUUAGAAUCCCGAGUGGAAUCAAUUCAGAGGGUGUUAUCUGACCUGAAAGUUCAGCUUUAUGCAAAGUUUGGGAAUAACAUAAAUCUUGAGGCUGAGGACAGUUAAAGGUGUUCUAAAUAUACCAUACAACUUUUCCUUGUUCUAUUAAAUGUUUUGAUAAUGUUGUUCUAACUAAAUUUAAAAAAAAAAAAAUCCACCGAUUUAUCUUCUUUUUUUUUUUACUUUUCUGUUUUGGGUUCCAUCUAUUUAAUGAGAGGUUUCUUAUUUUGGUUAUUGCAGUUAUUUAUUUGUGCAGGAAAUCAUUAGCUUCAUACUGUUGGUAAAGCAUCAAGAUUGGAAUAUUUCCAAUGUUUAUUAAGUAAUAAAGUCAGGCACAUAUUGUA